AUGUUAAUAACAUUAAUGUAAAUUUGUGAUGAUAAAUUUUACAUUUUCACUAUCUAAAAUUAACAAUGUUAAUAAAUAAAAUCUGAUUAAAAUGAUUAUCCAAUCAGAGUUUCAGUAAUAUUCUGCUUUAAGAUGUGGAGAAAAAUUAAUUGCUAAUUAAUACUUUAUGUAUUAAUUAGUGUAGCAAUGGACUUCUUGUCAAUAAAUAUGAAGUGUGAUAAGGGAAAUAGGAGGAGAUGGAUUUUCUUCAUUUUGUAAUAUGAAGGAUUCAUAUCAAUGUAUAAAUUAGGAAGGAUCAUUAAGUUUAUGUACAUAUAUUAAAGCUUCUGA